AAAAAAUGACGACGUCCCCCCGUUCGCAGCGACGCUCGAGGGAAGAUUGCCACGUGGACUGACCCGCUUCGUGGUUGCAAUCGAUGUCCCUCUGCAAGGAAGACGACCACGCUACAGACAAUGUUGCUACCCUCGAAGGAGCAAACGAUGUUGCGAUCAAAAUCCCCGCCAAUAAGGAACGAGAUGGACCACGCGAAGCCCCCACCUUUGAAGCGGCUGAAGACGACUUCCGCGACGUCCGGUUGUUGUUCUCAAGACACAUCAAAUAAUACACCGCCAACCACAACUUUCAGUGCGCAGUGGCAUCCGGUCCCGGUGAAUAACUUUAAUGCGCCAAAAGGGAACCGGUCAAAUCUGGUAGACGAGUUCUGGACCAGUUGUGUCUACGCGAGAAGGUGGCGGUGCCACGCGGAAUUUCAGGUAUCAUCCGGGAACGGUGCUGUUGACACGGCUCUGCUGCAGCAGGACACGAAUGUGCAGAGCCAUGUUUCAUCUCUACAACUACUAUCUUCCAAUAAUGAUUGCAGCAACCAAGGGCAAGAAGGACCUCGUCCCACCCCGUUCGUAAAGAUCGGAGCAGCUCUGAAACAUCACAGCCGCACGGUAAAGGAGCUCGAUUCUGUAAUGGGCGAUAGGCUUGCGGAUCACGGCCCGGGCACCGGCGUUUUUGAGUGCAAUUUCGUGGCUGAUAUGCCGCUGUGGAGGAUGAGGACGAAGCUGAAACCGUUUUCCAAUUUUCAAGAUUCGAGCAAAAAGGAACAACAACUCCAGCCCCCUGUCGUGCAACCGCAGCGACCGCCAGAAAGAGUCUCCUGUGCGGUGAAAUUCUCAGAUUGCAGCACCGGAGGCGUUCUUGCGGCGGAGCUGACUAGCAUACCGACCUUGGUCUCGUGUAUCAAAAAGCAAAGAGAGGCGUGGUUGGCGAAAACGAAAGGCAGUUCAUCUAACAGUAUUAAUACCGGCCUUGCAGGAACUGCAACUAGUGUCAGUGUGGACAAUGAUAAGCCGACCGGGUCGAAGAUCAUUUCUACAACAGGAGGCAUCACAUCUUGCUCAGCGUCGUCCUCGUCGUCUUGUUCCGCGAGUAAAAAAUCCAGCUCCGCAGUGGACUUCCACGCGACGUUGCAGACAGGAAAUACGUUAUAUCCACCGAAGACCACGAAUGUUAAUAUCGACCUGCAAAUCCUCCCCACCCUCAUCAUCUGCAGCGCCCAGUCCUUCUCAACGUGGCGGGACGCGUUGCGCGCGGCGAAUUGCUUCACGCGGAUCAGGCAGGUCUACAAGGCCCGGGACUUGCGAAUCGACUACAGCAACGCGGACGUCUAUGGAUGUGUCAGAGUUGAAAUCGACAAAGUUGAAAUAACUUGUAAUGCAUAAAAUCGAUACCAGUUGCAAGCCCAAUUUCUAAGCAGCGCAUGACAACUUCGAGUAGAGCCGGAAUCCAGUUUGUAAUGCGGUUUGGGUAACGAAGACGGCUUUUGUCAUGCUAGUUUAGCAGCUCUAUUCCUACCCCGCGGCAGGCUUACAAUCUGCCUCCCUUGCCUACUCUGCAAGACAGGCAUUUUCUGCGUUGCAUUUUAUGCAUGACAAACUAUUUCAACUUUGACGAUUUCAAUCCUGACAGUUCCAUAACGUCGUCCUGGUGAACGACUGUUGCUUUGGCUCCGAGCUGUACCUCGACUGCAAGGUGUUAUGCAUUGCAAAUAUGUCCGGGUCUGGGAAGUUGGAACUUGUAAUGCUGGUCGUGCAUUCCUGUGAAAUCUGUAUUGCAUGACCAACAAAAGUGGCAGCCUCUCUUGUCAUACAAGACGAACGCAGUUUCUCACGCGGAGGUCGUAUGAGAAAGCGUGUCGCAAACUUGUCAUGCUUUCCCGGAUAAGAAAACGUAACGUUUCCAUCAUGCUCGUUUUAGCAUCACAAAUUUCCAGACCCAGACGUAUUUGCAUUUGAUCGGUGUUGCACGCGCACAACUGGUUUUCCGUCCUUUACGACCGAACGACGGCGUCUAGUCAGGACGACAAAGUCGAAGAGAAAACGCUGCGGAUGAUCUACAACACUGAGGAUCGUCCACGCCACAGUGCAGAUGUACAUCAUGGUGGAGUAGACCACCAGAUAAACUACCAGAAGCAGGAAGGACACCAGCAACAUCACAGUAAUUCUAAGCCGCCGGCGCAACACAAAGGACCAGCAGCAGCUCCUGCUGGGGCGCAACUGCAAAGUCUUUUGCGAAAGGAGUCUAGUUGUACCUCGUUGUCGCAAACGAAAAAGAAAACUGAGAUGAAGACCACUUGGGAUAAGGUCAGGAAGCAGUGCGGGAACGACGCGGCUCUGCAGUUGCAAAUCGAUGAGGGCGUGAGCGUAUCAAAUGCAAGUAUGUCUGGGUCUGGAAGGUCACAGCUUGUGAUGCUGUCUGUGGAUAGUAAAAAUAAAAAAAUUUGCAUUGCAUGACCAGCAAGAGGGGUCGGAUUUGUCCUACGUGGAGACGGCAUUUCUCAUGCGGUCGUAGAUGUAUCGUAUCACAAAGCCACCUAAAAAUCUGUGAUGCUACGGCAUGCAUCACAGACAUCAUGGCUCAUGCAAAAUAUGCGUGACAAAUCUAGAAAUCUUCCAGACCCAGACACUUUUGCAUUUGAUGCAGCAACAUUUCCAGUGUGGAGUUCGGUAAGUGGAUCCGGGUGGCGCAGCUUCAAAGUUCUUGUACUAGUACACAUAGUGGAGGCGCGUCUACUUGCGCUUAUCCUCGUCCACCUCACCCCUGCUCUACUACGACUUCUGAGCAGAAGCAGCUGCAGCGGAUGGCUAUGGCGUUCUCAAAUGUUACAUUCUCAACUGUUACAUGAUUUGGCAUGCAAAGUUCGAACCAGAAUCGACGCGAUCAAGCUGCUUCGCAUGGCAAAUUCUCGAAGUGCCAAAUAGGCUAAGAAUCUGUGCCAAAUCUGUCAUGCAAAAGGCGCAAUCUUUCCCCUUUUAGUUUUCCCAUGCUUGCAUCACAAACUCAUGUAACAGUUGAGAAUGUAACAGUUGAGAACGCCAUAAUGGCACGCCUAGCGUUGUUAUUUGGUAUCGAUCUGCUCGGUCCGUUUUGGGGAUUUCAGAACGAGCUGGACCUCGAGAAUGUUCUUGAGACGGUGGAAUUGCAUCACGACACCGGCAAGUGCACAAGCGGCGGUGCGAAUCAAAAUCUUCACGUCGCGAGGAGGAAGAUUAUGGAAAACUUACACCGCUUCGUAGCGAAGUACGUUUACGCGAACACGAAGGACCACGACAUUUUUACCCUUGGUGAUGUUGUGGUCCAGCAACACUCUACUAAUAUAGAAGUUGUUCAUAGCAGGGCCACCGCUCCUGGUGAUCUACUCGUGCCAGUGCUUUCAUCAUCAGCCUCCAGAGGACCAACAAGCCAAACAAAGCAAAUCGUCGUGCCUUUGAACCCCGGGUCACAGGGAGAGCUGAUGUUUCUGACGGAGGUGGGAAGAAGCGCUGUCAUAGUACCAAUACAACCGCAGUGCAGCACUACACCGCAGUGCAGCACUACGAAAAUCCUUGAUCCAGAAGCGGAACAACAGCAGCGAGUGAAACUGGAGCAGAUUCACUUGGCGUCCUUCUUUCCGGAGAAAAAGGUGUUGCUGCAGCAAUAUUUUCUGCCGAAGCACACAAUGACGUUGAAGCAGGAACGAGAGGAAUUGCAAAAAACGCAGCAGCUGAACUCCACAGCAGGUGGUCUCAGCACGCAAUUCAAAGCCAACACCGACGCCAUCAUUUUUAACCGACCUUUGAUGCUGCGAAACGUGGCACGGCACCGGAUGGCACAGUUAUUCCGCCAAGUGGCGGACACGUACAAACUGUUCAAGUGCUAUUUGCGAGUGGCUUGUCUGGUUGAAGCAGUGGAGAUGAAUGCGGGGGUCUACGUUCUUGCCGAUUCAAAACCAAAAUCAAACAGCAAGUCGCCGCCGUUGAAGGAUUUGAACAAGAUGCAAGAAAAGGACGACAAGAACCCUUUCAAUGUGUUAGUGCCAGCGAGUAUGGAGGUCGACUGGGAAGCCAGUGAUCCAGGGAUGUCUAUAAUCGCCGCGAAUGGGGGACUUGUGGUUCCUGCGGGGGGCGAACUAGGUGCAACAGUGAAUGGAACAAAUGACCAGACGACCAGUAAGGACAAUUCUCUGACCUUCGAGAAUCUCCCGAACGAGAAGAGUGAUUUGAAUGUGAAAUCCUUCCUUCAAACCCUCCUCCGCGAAACCAACUUGAACGACGGCAAGGAGCCCGUACACGAGAUAUCUUUGAAGCCAAGAGAUGAAUUUUCAACCGACCUGACGCUUCUCUCUUCCCGGAACCCACGGGUAGCCUUGUUCGAAGCCUGCGGAAGUUCCAUGAAAGCGGACCAGGACUCGAUCGUGGAUGAGUUGAAGUGCUUCAUCGCGCUGCAGAAGCAGAAACUGAGGGAGAAUCUGAAACAGGAACAGAUGAACAUUUUGAAGCAGAACGAGGCGGAAAUCGAGCGGCAGUUCCCGUUCAGUCUGAUCGAAGCUCGCGUCGCGAAACGGAUCCGGGCGGAGCAGCAGCGAAGGUUCACCGCCCGGAUGGUGAAGCAGAAACUGCCGUUCAAAGGACGGAAGAGAAGAUUACUCUUGAAGAAUUUGAAGGCAAGGAAAGCGCAGUUGGCGGCGAGGGCGGCGGCUGCGAAAAAUGGUGGAAAUGCCGGUGACGAAAACGCGAAGGGAAAUAAAGCUGUGGUCGUGAUCAAGUCGAAUGAUAAGAGAAAUAAACCGGGCGAUGGGACUGUCGUUCUGACGGCGAGAAAUAAACAGGGAGCAUCUUCUUCGUCUAGCACCUCUAACUUAAACCCAGCAAUAAAUGCUGCGACGAACAGGCCUGGUUCAUUUAACCAGCAGCAAGGACUUCUAGGCAAUCGGUUGACGGUUGGUUCCGUGCGAAGAAAUCCGAACAGUAACAGACAUAAUGGGAACAAGGGUCGUGGGAAAAAUAAUUCCAGCGGUGCAGCUUCAACAAGCAACGGACUAAACACUGCGAUUAUCAGUAACCCGAACCCCCUGACAACCCGCCGCGUUGGCGGGCGGAAGAGAAAGGGCAUAAAACCGCAGCAAGGCUUCCGCGACUUAUUCGAGAAGGAUUUAGUCACCGACGAGAACCACGCCCCGCCGGGCGCCGCUGGUUCGCACGGGCCCGGCGGAAGUUCCCGCAACGCGCUGGAGAUGAAUAGCAACAGCCCGAGCGGGGGAAGAGGUAGUUCUGGUCCACCCAACAUCCAUCGAGCCUUCCACAGGGGUAGAAACGCCCGACGCCACCACUUCGGCCGGUGGUACCAUUACAGCAGCAGGAACUACAACCGGGUCAGACGGGGCUCUGUGUUGAACAACCGCGGCAGAAAUAGCCAUUUGUUUCCUCACAACCGACGAGGAGCGAUGUUCAACGAUCGUUCCCGCAAGGGGCGAGGCCGCGACAACGCACACAAGCUCCUCUUCGACUACCACGUACACGAGUCCCAGCGGUCGAACCUACCGGACGCGCUGUUUGAUAAGUUCGUGAACAUGAAAGAAAGGGACGUCUGGCGGAAAUACAAAGACCACGGCUGGUUCUUCAAAAACCUCCACACGGCUUUACUGGAAAAAACGGAAAAUUUCCAGCAGAUCGGGACACACGCUUUUGACUACAAGACAAAAAAAGACUUCAACGCGUUCUUCGCGAAAAUCGACGACAACGAAUUCGAAGAGAUCCACAAGAAGCACUGGCCGGACGGGGCGGGGAAGGGCGCGGUGUUGAAGGUGAAGUUAGAGUUGUGCGGCCGCGAGUUUGCGAAGGAACUGAAGGCGUUUAACUUUUUCCGCAAGAUCAAGGAAAACUUUUUGGAGGCUGGGUGUCCGGUCUGUAUGGAAGAGGGCAAGGAGAUCGCGGAGCGGUCCGACUUGACCAAUCUCGACUGGACGGAGGAGUUCGUGGUCCUACACUGCGGGCACGCGUACUGUCGGGAGUGCAUGUUGACGCACAUUCGAAACUUGUUGCAGGAAAGGCACGGGUUUGAGAAACACACGUUGUUCUGCCCAACCUGUAGGGAGCCGAUCUACGCCGAACACGCGUUGCACGGUGGCGGUCUGUACAAACUGAAGGAAGAGCAGAAAUACGCGGAAACAAGGUUUCACAAAACAUUUGUUCAACAAGGCAGGAACGAAGAACAAGGUAAAGACGUUGAACAGGAUUCGACAGGGGGAGACGGCAAAGACAUAGACAACGAGAACGACAGCGUCGAAAAUAAGAGCUGUUGCAACCACAAAGACCACGGGAAGACUACUUCCAUCUGCUGUGCUGCGGGAGAGAACAACAACAAGAGCCCCCCGAUGCGGAUCAAGAAGGAGCCCAUGGAGGACGAAGACGAAGCCUCAAUCGACGACGUAUUUGCAAGACUGAACUUCAGGCUUGAGCCGGUUGUCUUUUCGCAGGCGGAGUUGUUGGCCGGUGGUAGAGAUGAACAUCAAUCAUCGAGAACUACAGCGAUUAUAGCUUCUACGCGGGGUGCACCAGCUGGUGAAAAAUCUUCGAGCUCCAGCAGCGCGAUAAGGAUUAAGCAAGAACCGGUGUCGCCAGGGAGAACGCCGGUGGCCAGGGAGAACGAAGGGGAGGGGGACCUCCUUCUUGCACAGAACAAGGAGUCCUCGGUGCAGCAGGGUGUGAACUCCUCCACGACCGGACUCCCGACGACGUCAGCUUCCUCCGCCGGGUCCUCGUCCUCCGGAGGUGAAGAAGAGCGUUUGAAGAGCCAUAGAAGCAUGGAAGGGAAAAUAAAUCUUCAACCUGGCUGUUUCGCUACUGCUGCAACUACACAACUUGUUGAUGAUGUUCAUCCACCGUGUGGCAGUAAGAAGAUGAAUUGUACCGGAACUGAAAACCUGCUACUGACCGCGAGUUGUACUAGUAGUACUUCUUCAACUUCUAAGCCUGCUGUUACGCCGCUCCUUCUUGAGAAGUCGCACUACACAGACAAGCGGUUUCUCGCCGGCGCCGACAAGGCGAUGGACCUUCGGAUAGAGGAAGCCAUUACCCUCGCCCAGCUUCAGCCCCAGCACUGCAGCCGGGGCGUUUCCCUCGCCAGAGCGCUUUUGCAGAUGCCGCAGCUCUACCCCACGGCGGUUUUUGUCGUUUGCUUCGAAAACUGGGAGCAGAUCCAAGCCAUUGCGCCGGUGCUGAAGGCGUGCGAUUUGAGUUUUGUGGUGUUCCACAAAAAGGGCGCGAACCCGUUUGACCCAGCGCAAAGAGGUGGAUAUACUUCAAAUACCGUUUCUAGAGCAGGAAGCAAAGACUCUUCUUUUGUGACCACUGCUGCUGGUGGUGACAAAAAUGCGGGUGUUUGUGAUGUUGUUGACCUCACUUUGCUGGAUGAUGUUGUACCAGAUAAGAACGACGAGCAGCUUUCGGCCUUGCUCGAAGUCGAAGUGGACGCAGUCACUGCUGGUCGUGGAAACAAAAGAGACUCGAAAAACAACAAGGGUGGGACGUCGAUCAAAAUUGUGAAAAAACGCGGGCAAGACCUCUCUCUCGAUGUGCAGAAGGCGAUUGCGGGGAAGUGGGCGAGCGACUGCUUCCAGGCGGCGGGGAUUGCAAGGGUCAAGGGGCCCAGCGUUUUGCAGCAGGUCUUUGGCAUCGGACCGCAGCAUAUGAAAGAUAAUCUACUCAAUGCGAACAAUUACAACAAAGCCGGUUCAUCUUGUAAAAAUCAUGUAGCAGAUGUCCUCAUCAACAGUCGCGGAGUUGCAGAGCCUGUACGUGUACCCCAGCACCUUGGAGUGAAGAAUAACAUAAACACUGUAGCACCCUCCAACAACCAGCCAGCCCCGGUUUUGCUGUUUCACUACGAUGACUUGCAGACGGUUGCGGACGCGAGAGACGUGGAGAGAGUGAAGAUGGUGUCCAGAGUUUCUUCAUCUUCAUCUCCCAUAAUUGCUACAACUGCGGCAGCAGUUCCACUUCUCCAACAGCCACACGCAGCCUCAUCCUCCUCCUCUUCAUCGUCCUGGCUCAAGAAGGAGCCUGCAAGAACUACGAGCAGUGCCAAAUUGGAAGUAGAGCGUCAGAAACAGCUGUCAACUUCAACAUCUGUAAAGACGAACAAGAUAAUAUUAAAAGACUUGCACGUAAUCCUUCCAGGUUCGUUCUUGGAGGAAGCGAAAGAGAAAGCCGUUUUGUCGCAGUUGCAACCGGAAUUUCUGUGGCGGUUCUGCUUGGCAGAUAGUGUCGAAGAGGAAGUGGCUUGGCAACGGGUCGCUGCAGGUUCUUCUGUCAAAGAUUAACCUAAGAGAAUUAUCUGAAGAAUCAGUCUGCAGAUUUUUGAUCAGGAGAAACAACAGACUCAUCACAAACAACUCAUGAGUUGUGGUCGUCCGCUGUAAACAAAUGUUUCGGACAAGAAACAGUGCAAUAAUCAUUGCAACAAACACGUUUCUGGCUCACCGAUUUGACAUAGUGCC